AACCACUGAGCCAUGCUGGCAGGGCCACCUCCCACAACCCCUUUAGAAUAAGCUAUUGUGGGUUGGGUGUCCGUCACUUCCUAUAAGCCCUCUUCUGCCCUGAGCUAGUGUGAGUAGAGUUUUGUAUGGUGUGUAUGCACUUAAGAUGUUGUCAGUAACCUGUCACUUUCCACCUUUGGGCUCUGCUUUCCUUGGUGCCACUCUCAGGGAGACUUUCACAGUCUGAGGGCAAGGUGGCUCCUAAUGGUGCCAGGUUUACACCUGACCAACUAGACUACUUAAGCAGAAAAAUACACACCUCUUUUCCAAUUGGAGCAAAAGUCUCAGGGCUGACUCUCAUUGGGCCAGCUUGGGUCAAAUGCUGAUCUCUGAACACUCAGUGUGGUCAUGGGCUGUACUUGAUUGGUCGGUGCUGGGUGAUGUCCUAGGUGAGGUGAGGUACCCACCUCUGGAGCCAGGAAGUGGGGUCUGUCUACCCUACCAGAAUCACACAGAUUAACAGCAUGGGGGUCACCAACAGAAAAUCAGGGUGCUCUGUCAACAAAUGAGGGAAACUGAAUUGGGCAAGAGAAGAUACCCAGGAAACCCAUGACAGCCAAGGCCAGGGCUGGUCGGGGAGGAACAAGAAUGUUGCAGCCCCUCCUUUUGUCCACCGGGGGCUGUAUGCUGUCGUUGCCACUCUGCUGUUCUCCCACUUCUCUGCAGACUGGCUUUCUCUGCUCACGUGCACCUCUUUUGCACCCCAAAACUUCAGGUUGCAUGUCACUUUGGCUUACUGUGGCUCCAACCCUGCAUUUGAUGCUACAUGACUCAACUUUUCAGGAUUUAAUUCCAAAUUUAUGGGAGGGAGAACCUUGCUGGUUCAGUUGGGUCAGCAAACCAUGCUGGGGGUCACCUGCUGUAGCGAGGGUGGUCAGUGAUACUUGCCCCUCACGGGACCACAGACAGCCUGAUCACCCAGCUGGCCCACACUGGGUGCUCAAUGAAUGUCGGUGACCCUGGCCCAGGUCCUUCCUGAAACCCUUCCCAGGAUUCCUCUCACGAAUCUGAACCCCUCUCCCCCCCCCCCCCCAACAAAAAACACCCCCUAGUUAUGAGCUCAGAGUCAUCAUCUGGAACACGGAGGAUGUUGUUGUGGAUGACGUGAACCCACUCACUGGAGAGAUGUCCAGUGACAUCUACGUGAAAAGGUAGGCCUGCCCGCUGGGCUGUACAAGUACCUGCAUACUGAGGUGAGAUUGCCAACUAGGGCUUGGGCCCUGGGGCUGAGCCAAGCCCUGUCCCCUAAGCCCUCUAAGAUGCCUGGAGCUGGGUGGAGGGACUGGGGUGGUGGGUGAGCAGGGGCAAGCUGGGUCCUGGGCUUGGUCCCAGCCGAUGCCCCUCAGACUGCCCCUCGCCUCCCCUGGGCUCCAGCUGGGUGAAGGGGCUGGAGCAGGACCAGCAGGAGACAGACGUGCACUUCAACUCUCUGACUGGGGAGGGAAACUUCAACUGGUGCUUCCUGUUCUGCUUUGACUACCUGCCCACGGAGCGGAGCGGGAGGUGAGUGUCCGGCGCCGGCCUGGACCCUUCGCCCUGGAAGAGGCUGAGUUCCGGCAGCCGGCAGUGCUGGUCCUGUAGGUCUGGGACUAUGACCGCGUCUCCGCCAAUGACUUCCUCGGAUCCCUGGAGCUGCAGCUGCCAGACAUGGUGCGGGGAGCCCGGGGCCCAGAGCUCUGCUCUGUGCGGCUGGCCCGCGAUGGGGCUGGGCCCAGGUGCAAUCUACUUGCGGGGCUGGUGGCCUGUGGUGAAGCUCAGGAGCCAGAGGAUGAGGAGCUGGAGCAGCGGGAGGCCCAGGCUGGCAGGAAGAGGCGGAGAAGGAGGAAGGGCUGGCCAGAAGACUUAGAGUUUGCAGACCAGGGAGGCAACGUCUAUAUCCUCAGGGGGAAGGUGGAGGCAGAGUUUGAGCUGCUGAUGGUGGAAGAGGUGGAGAAAUGGCCAAUGGGGAUUGGGCGGAAGGAGCCUGAGCCCUUGGAGAAGCCCAACCGUCCCAAAACCUCCUUCAACUGGUUUGUGAACCCGCUGAAGACUUUUGUCUUCUUCAUCUGGCGCUGGUACUGGCGCAUCCUGGUGCUCCUGGUGCUGCUGGCAUUGAUCAUCAUCUUCCUCCUCCUUGUCUUCUACAGCAUGCCGGGCCAGAUCAGCCAAGUCAUCUUCCAGCCACUCCACCGCUCCCCGGGCCCUAACUGACCUUGGACACUCAUCCCCUCACACCCACCCCUCCACUCCUAGUCCCAGAAGUCCUUCCCACCAAUAUGAGUUACUUGAGUUCACUGCUUUCUUUGAAUAAACCUUCACUCACAUCCACUCUGAUGCCUGAGAAUGUGCAGAACACAGGGGCAGAGAAUAGAGAUGUUCUUGGGUGACCUCAGAUGCUGGGGACUCACUGGGAAAAUGAAUACACAGGGUGGAAAGUUGACCAUAUGGCCCCACCACCGGGAAGAACAGGACCUGGCAGGAGGUUCAGGGCUGAGAAGGUCUGCUUGGCGAGGUGUCAUACCCUCUGAGGGCCCACUGGUUGCUCCUGCCAAUGGCUGGGUCCCUCUCACCUAAUCUGCUUAUAACAGCUAAGCACUUCACAGACUUCAAUGACUUACUUAUUCUUCACCAACUCUGAGGGUAGCCAUAUCAGUUAAGGACACUUUCGGCUGCAAGUAACAGCAAUCCCAACCCAAACUGGCUUGAAUGACUAUAGUUCCCAGGUUUCACUGGCUGGCUUCGGGUGCAGCUUGUCACAGGGCUCAAACGAUGUCACCAAGACUGUGUGACCAGCAUUAGUCUAGUUUGAACACAGCCCUAUACACCAGGAAACGUCCACAUGGGGCUCCCAGAGGGCAUCAGGCCUGAUCUGUCAGUCCUGAUUGCCCUCAACAAGUGGCUGUGAUGAGGGGUUGUCCUCAGGUUCUGACCAGACCCAAGAACCACACAGAGACCAGUGAGUACUAUCACAACCAAUAGAUUUAUCAACCUGGGGCUGAGCAGGACUCUCCGGGAAGGGAACAGGAAGUAGGGGGGCCUGGGAAAAUGACCACAAAACCAGGGAACAGGAGAAAGAGGGGACAGCAAGGGGGAAGAGGACAACUAUGUUGUCUUCCCUAGAUCAAUUUUCUUCUGGAUGGCUCGUGCUGAGUGGUAGAUGAGUGAAUCGAUGAGUCCAGCCACUG